AGGAUUAUGGUUGUCGCCUUACCGAUGGAAAGCUCUGUCAAGAUGCAGAUUCCGACUGUCCCUACCAUGUCACUACCAGGUCUGGUGGGGUAGCACCACAAAUAUUGCUAAUGUAAUAUGUAAUGGAGAAUGGAGAUAAUGGCUGAUUAAGAUAUAUAUUAUCUGAUGACUGACGAAUUGCAUGGUCAGAAAAACGUAUAUAUGGAUCUGAUUGAAUAAUACGUGCAGGGCUUAUUUACGAAGCUACUCACGUCGUUAUCCAUUUAAAGGGCAAAUAAAAAAAGGAGAAAAUAAAACUAAAAAAAUUAUUACAUCGUAUUGUCGCGCACAGUCGCGCAUGUUCUCUGAUUCAAGGGUACCCCAUAACCAAGUUGAAAAGAAUAAGGUUUGCAGCCUAGUACAUACUUUUCGAUACCUUCUCGCUAUUUUCUAUCACUCCAACGUGGUGAACGAAGAAAGGCUAACGGUUUCCGAGAAAUGUGGGCUGAUACAGUGUUAAUUGUAUUUAUCAGCGUGUGCACUGCACUCCUCGGAGAAGGUCUCACCUGGUUAAUGGUCUACAGGACGGAAAAAUAUCAGAAGCUGAAGGCGGAAGUAGAAAAACAGAGCAAAAAACUUGAGAAGAGGAAAGAGGCGCAUGGGGACUCAUUGGAUAAACAGCAAAAGAAAAAGAUUGAACGUGAAGAAGAGAGACUCAAGAAUAACAAUCGUGAUUUGUCCCUCGUUAAAAUGAAGUCUAUGUUUGCGAUUGGCUUUGCUUUCACCGCACUUUUGAGCAUGUUCAACAGUAUCUUCGACGGUAGAGUUGUUGCCAGGCUCCCCUUCACACCCAUCAGUUGGAUACAAGGACUGUCACACAGAAAUCUACCGGGCGACGACUACAUGGAAUGCUCUUUCAUAUUCUUGUACAUUCUCUGUACCAUGAGCAUUAGACAGAACAUACAAAAACUCCUCGGCUUCGCCCCAUCAAGGACGGCGAGCAAGCAGAGUGGUAGUAUCUUUGGUCCACCGCCACAGCAAUUCAAGUGAUCCAGCUCAGAGUUUGCAGGAGAAAUGUGUAAAUGAAAUAAAUUGUUUGAAAUUACGUUAUAUGCGACUUUGUCGGUUCACAAGUUGUCACACGAUAAAAUUGACAGAUCGAUUCCAUA